GGAAGUACAAGUCAAAUUAUCUUGAAACACAGUGGCGAGCAGAUCAGAGAGUUUGUCUGAAAGAUUUUAUGCUGUUCCCUCCUUGUCUGAAGAGAACGUUUCACCUAAAAAGAAAAUCUGGAUGUUAAUCACCUGAUCUGAGCACAGGAGGAGGACAGAGACUUAACAGAGAGGAGGGAGGGCAAAGAAAACGCAGAAAUGGAGAACUUCAGCUCCAAGGACUUGGCUAUGAAGGCCCAGAAAAAAAUUCUCAGCAAAAUGGCCAACAAGUCAGUAGUGCAGAUGUUCAUCGAUGACACUAGCAGUGAGAUACUGGAUGAGCUGUAUCGCGUGUCAAAGGAGUUCACGGGGAGCCGCACAGAGGCCCAGAAAGUGAUUAAGGACCUGAUUAAAGUGGUAGUGAAAAUUGCUGUGCUUUUCAGACACAAUCGUUUCAGUGAGGAAGAGCUCUCUUUAGCCCAGACCUUCAAGAAGAAACUACAACAAGGAGCCAUGACAGCAAUCAGCUUCCAUGAGGUGGAGUUCACCUUUGAACAGACGGUGAUGUCAGAAAUCCUAACUGCAUGCAGAGACAUGCUGUUGAAGCUCGUGGCCACUCACCUCACGCCAAAAUCCCACGGACGCAUCAACCACGUCUUCAACCAUUACUCUGACCCUGAGCUCCUCACUCAACUUUACAAUCCAGCUGGUCCAUUCAAGUCCAAUCUCAACAAAAUCUGUAACGGACUCAACAAACUGUUGGAGGAGGGCAAGUUAUGAGAGCACUGUGGCAGUGGGACUCUUAAGUAUUGCUUUAAAGGGACCACCAAAGUGCUGGACCACAGGAAAGCUAGAUGAGAAACCUAAAGAUUGAACACAUGGUGGCUAACUCUGCUGACAAUCCCUGGUCCUGUUACAGCUCAACACUGUGGUGUGGCUCUUCCAUGAAAAUCACAUUUCACAUCCUUGCUGACAGCACAAGGUCGACUGGAUCAAUCUUACUUUUUGAACUUAAACCAGUGACAAUGAAAUCAACUAAAACGUUUUAUUUGGUGUGGCGAGUUGUUAAACAGAGCUCUUAUGGACUACAGACAUUUGCUAAUAUUUCAGCUACUAGAUUUUCUGUUUUUGAUGAUAAACCUUUUCUUUAACGGUUCUCUUAUUUGAAAGGUUUUCUGAACAUUUUUCAAGAGGCAGUCUAUGAGUGCAGAAAGUAACAACUUGUUUUAAAUUUGCAAAACAUCCCUAAAUGAAAAUUAAGAAUUUUAGAAGAACAGCCAACAGUGAAUACAGACAUAAGUUAACAAUAAUAUGAUUAGCAUUUUAAAACUAGAAUGCAAUUGCAAUCUUUUUUUUGUUCUAAAGAAAGAAGAAAACUGUAACAUUAUGCAUCUGAAAGGUGUACUCAGCUGGAAUCUAUGAGAACAUCCCAUACAUGUAAGGGAAAAAGGCAAAAUGAAAACCAGUUUCAUAAAACUACAACUCAUCACUGCCACCUAGUGUUCAUUUGCAGUCAGGUUACUGGCUGAUAGAUGCAGUUUCCAGAAGAAUGUCCUCGCAUAAAAAAACAAGAAAACCAGUUUAGUUGCUCAUUUUGUUGCCAUGUCAGAUAGUGAUAAUUCAUACCCAUAGACCACUCGGUAGGGACAAGAUAGGCAAAUACCAUUUGAAUUAGGUUAAGAUAAAGUGCUUGUUUAGGCUGUUUUAAGUUAUGAGUCAAAAGUACAUGAAUUACCCUAAAAUAACUGUGAGAAACUGACAGUUAUGAUUAAUAUGAAUACAUGAAUAAUAAAAAAACAGCACUUCUUGUUUCACAAUGAGAA